AUGCGUUUUGAAUCUUUAGCCUAUAUGGGCCUUGCUGGCUCUGCAACAGCCAGCGUCAUCCUCUCCAAUGAUGUUCCUCUUAUUGGUCCUUCUUUUCUCCCCAACUUCGACAUUUCCAAGACAAAUUUCCUUGCUGAAGCCAAGCAAAAGUUCCCAUCCCUGGUCGAAGAACUCUUCGAUACCAAGGUCUUGAACAAAACAGACCUUAUUUUUGCUGUUGAUGUCUUUUCAGCCUCCACCAAUGAUUCGCUUUACAGCUACUUCCAUGUCGGCGAUACAUACAAAGAUACGCUCACAAAGGGAAACCUGACUGAGGAUACAAUAUUCAGAACAGGCAGCGUGACAAAAGUCUUCACCGUGUAUGCUAUCAUUGCUAAGGCUGGCAUUGAGGCAUUGAGCUAUCCUGUGUCCAUUUUCCUACCCGAGCUCUUGGGUAAUUCCUCUACCAACCCGUUGGAGAGAAUUGACUGGAGUGAAAUCACUGUGGGGGCACUUGCUACACAUCAGGCUGGCACCAGUGGCCCGGGACAAUACCUUAAGCCGGGAUUCGACGGGGCCGAUCGCGAGGCGUUUCUUGAAUUCAUGCGGGAUACACAAGUCCCAACGAUGGGCCCUUGGCGAAGUGCACUCUACUCGGACGCUGGCUUUGGAGUUCUGACUCUGAUUCUCGAGAGGCUCACUGGCCAAGAGUACAAGGACGCGAUUAAAGAUAUCAUAUUUAAACCGCUUGGAAUGAAUUCUUCCUCUGCAGUGGUUCCUAAUGGCACAGAUGUGGAUGCCGUAGCCCGGACUGGGCUCGUAUCAUGGGGCACUGAUGUUCCUAUUGUGGCUGGAUCUGGUGGCAUAUAUUCAUCAGCCAAGGACCUCCGACUCGCAGGACUCUCUAUCCUCAACUCCGACCUCCUCUCAUCUUCCACUACUCGGGAGUGGAUGAAACCUCGCAGCAGCACUGGCACCCUUGUCGAGCUUGUCGGAGCGCCCUGGGAAAUCACGCGUCUCACCCUACCCACGGGUCCUGAAUCGAACCGCACCCGUGUCUCUGACCUAUACCUCAAGGCUGGUGGUACUAAUGAUUAUACCUGCUUCAUUGCCCUUUCGCCAGACCAUGGUAUUGGAUUUUCAAUUCUUAUUGCCGGUGAAACUGCCACUCCUGCCCGAUGGCCACUCCGCGAUGUUACAGGAACAACCUUCAUCACAGCAGCUGAGUACGCUGCAGCGGAAAGUGCUGAGAAGAACCUCACUGGUACAUUUGUCGUCAAGGGCUCUGAGACUACAAACAUGACCAUCCAAGUCAACAAAGGAGAGCCUGGAUUGAAGGUGAAGUCGUGGUACGUCGAAGCAAAAGACGUAGUUGCGGAUACCUCAUCGCGUCUCUACCCAAUGGGUCUCUACUCCAACUCUCGCUCUCUUACCGCACAAUACAACAUCAAGGGCAAGUUUUCUGCAGCUUUUCGUGUAGUUACUGGACUUGCCACUCCAGCACCUCGUGCGGCUGUUGAGGGCGGAAAGGGAGGAUUGUUCGACCAUAGUCAGGCUUGGAUGAAUAUUGGAGCCUCUGGGUCGGCUGAUGAGCUCAUCUUCAAUAUGGAGGAUGCAAAGGUCGUCAGCAUCAUCAGUCCCUACGAUGGAACGGAAUUUGUUCGAGUAGACUAG